AUGAUGAUACCAACUCCGAAAACUCUACGCCGCAAGAACUUCAAGCACCUCCAGCUUGAUCCACAUGCACAGAUGCCUGUUGCAGAUGCACCGUUAAGUCAAGACUCCCUCAAACCUGGAGUCGAGUUUGACGUCUACCCUCUCCAAGACGAGUUGCAGGUGGUCGCAGAACUCGGCUACGGCAAUGGUGGGACAGUUUAUAAAGUCUACCAUCCGCCAACUAAUACGUAUAUGGCGAAGAAACUCAUUAAUUUGGAGUCCAAUAUGAAAGUUCAAAAGGCCAUCGCCCAAGAGCUUGAGACUCUGCGGGUAUGUGACUCUGACUUUAUCGUAAAAUACUAUGGACAAAUCGUGGAACCCAAGUCUGUGACUAUUUGCAUGGAAUUCAUGGAUUGUGGUUCUCUCGACAAAAUUUACAAGGCAAUAGGCCCGUUUCCUGAAGAUAUAUUGGCCAGUGUGAAUGCAGCCGUCGUGGAUGGGAUCAACUACCUGAAAGACCUUAAUAUCACACACCGUGAUCUCAAACCAUCAAACAUUCUCGUUAAUUCCCGUGGAGAAAUCAAAUUGUGUGAUUUCGGUGUCUCUGGUGUGCUAAUCGACUCGUUGGCUGAAACGUUUGUGGGCACGUCAACAUACAUGUCUCCCGAAAGAAUCAAAGGAAGCCAGUACACAGCAGCCGGCGAUGUCUGGUCGUUGGGUCUUGUGCUAGUAGAGUUGGCUCUAGGCCGAUUCCCCUUUGCAUCUGGUGACAACAACUCAGUGUCGCCGCUGUCUCUUUUCGAGCUCUUGCAAAGAAUCGUGGAAGAACCCCCGCCUAGCCUUCCAGCAAAUUUCUCUGAUGCUUCUAAGCAGUUUGUUCAACGCUGUCUGAUGGAAGCAGAGAAACGAAUGACUCCAAGAGAGUUAAGGAACACUUCCUUCUACAUAAUGGGAAAACAAAACCCGGGCAACUUGCUCGAAUGGGCUGCCAAGUUGCCACGGGUUUAA